AUGGCAGGGUCCUUGUCAUUUCUCAGCUGCGUCGAUCCAAGAAGAAACGCCGUGCCUAGAGUGAUGGUCAAGCGAAGUUUUGCCGAUGACUAUGGCGAGGGAGCACAUCCUAGGAUCCUAGAAGCCCUUGCCAGAAGCAACCUCUCACAACAGCCAGGUUAUGGCAAUGAUGAAUUUUGCACUCAGGCCAGGUCACUCAUCAGAGAGAGUAUCGGUGUCGAGGAUGCUUCGGUUUUCUUCGUCACAGGAGGGACCCCCGCCAAUUUGAUAUCAAUAGCUUCUUGUCUCCGACCACACGAAGCCGUCAUUGCAGCGACGUCAGGCCACAUCUCAAGCAAGGAGGCAGGGGCCAUUGAAGCGACCGGCCACAAAGUCAUCCUUGCCCCCGGGACCAAUGGGAAGCUGACGCCAAAAGCCGUCCAAGUGGCAGUCAACCAGAAUUCCAUGUUCCCCCAUAACCCAAAGCCACGAAUGGUAUACAUUUCAAACGCGACCGAGACGGGAACGGUCUACACUAAACGGGAACUGGAGGUCCUCGCCGACCUUUGCAAAUGUCUCAACCUCAUUCUCUUCAUGGACGGUGCUCGACUCGCUGUUGCCUUGACAUCUCCGGCCAAUGACAUGUCCUUGCAAGACAUUUACAACCUCACCGACAUGUUCUGGAUUGGUGGCACGAAAAUGGGCGCAUUGCUGGGCGAGGCGGUUGUCAUCAAGGACAAGACUGUUGCUGACGAAUUCCCUUACCACAUGAAGCAACGUGGAUCUUUGCUGGCCAAAGGCCGAGUCUUGGGCAUUCAGUUCGCCGAGCUCUUUCAAGACGAGCUGAUCUUCGACCUCGCAAAACACGCCAACAAGAUGGCCGCGGAAAUUUCUUCCCACUUUGUCAAAGUCGGUGUCAAGUUACAGGCGACUACGGAGACUAAUCAUGUCUUUCCCAUUCUAUCCCAAAGAGUCGUGGAAGCCCUGCAAAAGGACUUCGUCUUUCAUACCUGGGAACAGCUUCCAGAUGGUCAGGUGAUCAUUCGACUCUUGACCUCAUGGGCCACAAGGGUAGAAGACGUGCAGGCGUUGAAAGUCCGCGUCAGUCAACUAGUGGGCUCAACAACGAACGGCAUCACAUCAUGAUUUGGCAAGUAGAUUUCAGUACUUGUGCUCCCAAAGACGAAAAGUUAUUAGACCUUAGAAUGUUAUUUUAGAAUUGGUAUUGAGGAUCCCGAGUCGAG